UUAUUCAAAAAUGCUUGCAGUCGUUUAACUGGAAACGCAACGCGACCAAACUUCGACUAAACGGCAUUAGUUUUUGAACCAAACAAUCAACAGGGGUUAACGCAAGAAAACUGAAUUAGCAGUUUCGCACUGUAACAAGCAACUGCGAAAAACUUUCAGAAUCUUCUUCCAUGGCGGUUAUCAGCGCACUAACGGCGGCAAUCGCGGUGGUGUUUCUGGCUGCGACAUUGUCGGCAAACGCCGGAGACACGAACAACGUGUUCUCUCCAUGCACGGACACACGCGUUCAGAGAUCCGACGGAUUCACGUUUGGAAUCGCGUUCGCACCGAAGGACAAGUUCUUCUACAACAACAACAACAGCGUUCAGUUGUCUCCAUGUGAUACUAGACUUUCUCUCUCCAAUUCCAACUCUCAGAUCUCUUUGUUCAGACCUAAGGUCGACGAGAUCUCACUCCUCACCGUUAAUUCCUCCUCCUUCGUUGCGGACUCGUAUGGCUAUAUGGUUGCAUUUGCUGGUCGGAAAUAUGCAGCAAGGUCCCCUCCGGCUUUUGUCGCAAACGGCUCAUAUACUGUAACCAGUUUUACUCUUGUUCUUGAGUUUAAGAAGGGCAGGCUACAAAAUUUGUAUUGGAAAAGAGAUGGGUGUGCUAAAUGCCCGAAAAACACCAAAGCUGUUUGUCUUAACAAUCAGGACUGUGCACUGCAAACAUCCAGUUGCAAGAGCCAUGGAGGACCUGUAGAUUGCAGCUUAGGUAUACAACUGGCUUUCUCUGGCACAGAUAAACACCUCUCAGCUCUCAACUCUUGGUAUGAAGUGAAAAACCUUCGCCAGUAUUCACUCUAUGGCCUUUAUUCAAAUCUGAGAAGUUCACUCACUAGCCAGUAUGAUAAGUUAUUCUAAUUUCCUUUAGUUCUUCUGUUGAUUUUAUUUGUUCCAUUUUGUUGUGAUUUACUGUAUCAAAUCCCACCUGUUCCAUUCUAAAUAUAUUUGUGAGAACCUAGAAUGAUGGUGUGUACAUACAUUUGUAUAUCAAAUGUUUUAUUGAUUAUGCUGGAUAGACUACGGUCCUUACAAAUUUGUAUUUAAAUGCAGCUAACUGUAUUUUACAUGCCAA